AUGGAAUGGAAUGAGAAGAAGAUAAAUACUAGCACUUCUUACGACUUGUAUGCAAGCGAAUACUUGCAACAAAAUGUUGCACACUUGCUGUGGCGUCGUCACCAGGCAGUGAUGCAUAUCUGCGGCCCUAUGAAUGAAACGAACAAGCGUAAAAAACUUAAAUCACGCACAGCUACAGUACCUAGUAGUAGCGGCCAAGGUCAUGGGCAUGGUGAUGGCUAUAUGAAGGAUCACUUGGAUGCCUGGCUGGAGACUUGUCUCAAGGAUGCCUCUAAUACACAAUUAUCCUCCUCAUCGGAAUUUUUAGAUUAUAAUCCGACACCAACGAGCACUGGAGGGUGUGGUGGCGCUGGCGGUAGCGGUAGCGGUAACGCUGGUGGUGUGAUAAAUCCACAAAAAUUUAUACAACAACAAAUGCAACAGCGACACCAGCACCAACACCAACAUCAACAUAGUCAGCAGCAUCAGCAACAGAAUCAAGCAUAUCUUUCCAACACUAGUUUAAAUAACGCGAAUCAGCCGUCGCAAUUUUCUUAUGCACAACAGCAACAACAACAACAACAACAAAACUUAUCUCACCAGCAGCAGCAGCAGCAGCACCAACAUUCACGCCAACAACAAUUUGGUUUGCCAGUGGGGCCAGUGUCAUUUGCAGGCGGCUACACGGGCGGCGGUGGCAGUGGCCCCUUCAGCCAAGGUUUUCAACGUAAUGUGCCAAAUUACAUGAAACACUCCAACUACAACAAUCGCUAUUCCAUGAUGUUCCCGCAUAGUGGCAUGGGUCCUGGAAUCGGUGGAUACUAUCAACAAAGCGAUGGCCAAGAUUUUGCCAGCCUGCCGCCCAUUGUGAAUAUGAUGGGUGGCUCAUCGGAAUUGGAGAAUAAUUCAACAGAUGUACUCGAUGGCAGUGGUAGUAAUCCCAACAUGAGUCGAGGUUUCCGUUUCAGCGAUCCCUGUCUAUUGAAUCCCUCCGAUAAUGAUUCGAAAGUGAGUGGCCAAAAUACACCCGAUCAACGCAAUCCGCAGCUAUCCAGCGAUUUAGAGAAUAAUAAAUUCUUUGCCGCUUUGAUGGAACAAAUUAAUUUAUUGCACGAAACAAAUACGAAAAUUUGUCGAAAUCUACACGAAACAAAAGUUGAUAUUGAAGCUUUAAAGCACGCACCCAAUUGGGGUUUGAGACACCGUAGAGAUAGCUUGAGUGGAUUAAGUACACACAGCCAACCCAUGGUAUUUGGCGGUGGAUUUGGUGGUAUGCAAAGUCCAGCGCCAACUUAUCAUUCAGGCGCCUACACACCCGGCAUGAUGACCGAUGUGGUACGUGAAGUGAAGGAAGCGGCACGCGUGCGCGAAGAUGCGCUACUUAAUCGGGUUAAAGCGAUGGUCGAAGAACGGCAGUGGGCAUUUAAUGAAAGCAAUUUGCGCAUGAUGCGCGACAUUGAGGAGCUCAAGUCACAAGUUCAUCACAUGCGUGCCGAUCGUAAAGACGCCAACAAACGCAUUACUCAUCUCGAAGCGGAGAACAAGUAUAUGCGACAAAUGCUGAGCAACCUCUUCAAUCAACGCAAUACGCCCGAUGUGAUCUAUGAGAAUGAGACGUUGCGCACACAACGCAAAUCCUUUCCAACCGCGCCAGCACGUCGCUCACAGUCGAUGAAUCUGCAUUACGGCACCAUACACCAUCAACCGCCGACCGUAGCGCUCACAGUGGAUGAGCAGGAUGAGCGACUGCAUAUCGUCGAAGCAGCUACACCACGUGCCGCCGACAUGGUGACCGUAAGUGAUAGACGCGCAGCAGAAUUGCGCAGCUCAUUCUCAAGCUCGGACGGUGGUGGUAGCAUAGGAGCGGGUAGUCCAGGUGCAGGUGCUGGUGCUGGUGCUGGUGGUGGUGGUGGUGGCGGUGCUGUACGUAACAAUGGUGCCGUCAGUGGUAUAGGCAUUUGUACAGUAACUCCCUUGCCUAAUGGUAAUACUACUAUUGCAUCCAGUCAACAACUUAUGUCGCCGCCUAAUUUUGCAUUAAUAUCAACGUCCGUCGAAGAGGAGAUGGAAGUGAAACAGCGAAAAAAGAAGGGCAAGAAGCUGCCUAACGUUGCUGGUAGUUCGAAGCGAAACGGUGACACUCAACGCUCUGGUGAUGAUGAUGAUGAUGACGAUGGCGGUCAUGUUGUUGAUGAUGAUGAUGAUCGCGAUGCUGAUGGCGAAGGCAAACUGUCGACAAAGGAGCUGCAGCAGGAACUACAGGACGCGGUGGCAGCGCGUAAGGAGGCCGAUAAUCGUGUCAUUGCGCUUGAGAAUAUGGUAAGAACACAACAUCUGAAUUCCAAAAAAGCCAACAACACCAUAACCAACCAACCAACAAUCCAUCCAUUCGCGGCGGCGUCAGUUGCAUAUACUUGUAGUAGUCUUACUAAUGGUACUAGUGCAAAUGCUGGUGAAGGUUUUGGUACGUCGACACACUAUGCCGGUGGCACUUAUAACAUUAACCCAUGCACUACCAUUAACGUCUCAUCGCCAUCAGCCACAUCGGCAAUUGUACAACCACAUCAAAAGCAACAUAAGGCACAUACAAUCGUCUCGGCCAGCAUUAUCGGUGGUGUAACACAAUCGCCAACCAAGUUAAGCCUCGCUGGACCCAUAACUGAUUUAUAGUUCUAGCUAACAACCACACAGCGGCGAGUUCGUGUCACGCAUUUCUGACCCAAAUUUGCAUUUGUGUGCUGGCGGUCUAACUUGGACGUGAAAAAAA